UCAGCUGCUGCAACAAAUUGAGCCGACAUCUUAUUUUUCGGUCGGCAUUUUGCUUGCUCAUUUUUCAUUUAAGUGAACAUUUAUCGCUAAUACGAAUAUUCAACAACAAUUCGUACAAUUGUUACGCAUUAUUUACGUACAGUUGAUUGUCGCUGCGAUAAAUAUCGAGGAUGAGCGCACAGCCCAGCCCCUGCAUGAACCCCCAACAACAGCCUACUGAACAGGAAAAGGUUUACCAAUGGAUCAACGAGCUAGCUCAUCCGGAUACACGUGAAACGGCCCUGCUGGAGCUGAGCAAGAAACGUGAAACCGAUCUGGCGCCAAUGCUAUGGAACAGCUUUGGCACCGCAUGCGCUCUGCUCCAGGAGAUAAUUAGCAUAUAUCCAUCAAUAACGCCCCCCACACUGACGGCCCAUCAAUCGAAUCGUGUGUGCAAUGCGCUGGCGCUGUGGCAGUGCGUCGCCUCGCAUCCGGAGACGCGCACCGCCUUCCUGCAGGCACAGAUACCACUCUAUUUGUAUCCAUUCCUAUCGACCAUUUCGAAGACACGACCCUUUGAGUAUUUGCGUUUGACCAGCCUGGGUGUUAUUGGUGCGCUGGUGAAGACCGAUGAGCAGGAGGUGAUUACGUUUCUGCUCACCACCGAAAUUGUGCCAUUGUGCCUCACCAUUAUGGACAGCGGCUCGGAGCUGAGUAAGACUGUCGCCACGUUCAUCAUACAAAAGAUAUUGCUGGACGAGUCGGGCCUAUCGUAUAUAUGUCAAACCUAUGAGCGCUUCUCGCAUGUCGCCAUUACGCUGGGAAAAAUGGUCAUACAGCUGUCGAAGGAGCCGUGUGCGCGCCUCCUAAAGCACGUCGUACGCUGUUAUCUGCGUCUCUCCGACAAUACACGCGCACGCAAGGCGCUCGGCCAGUGCCUGCCGGACCAGCUGCGCGAUGGCACCUUCACACAGUGCCUGCAAGAUGAUAAAUCCACCAAGCAAUGGCUGCAAAUGCUCAUCAAAAACUUGGAACCGGGCGCCGCACAGCAGCCGGGCGCUGAUCCCCGCCAGAUUGGCAUGUCGCCAUUGGGCUCCUAAAACAUAAUUACACCCACAUACACCACUUCCCUUCCCUUCCCAUCCCUGUACUACCCUUACCCCUAGCCACCCGUCUGGCCAGACGCUUGUUUAAGAGUUAAGAUUGAUUUGUUAAUGUUUAGAGUUAAGCAACCAACUUGUAAGUUGUAAGAACCUUGUUGAAUGGAAAUGUCCUGCAUUUAGGUGCACAACUGAUCCAUAUAAAUAUAUAUAUAUAUAUGUAUACAUACUUUA